AUGGCCACCUUUGUGGAGCUCAGUACCAAGGCCAAGAUGCCCAUCGUGGGCCUCGGCACCUGGAAGUCUGCAUCAGACGAAGUCAGAGGGGCUGUGAAGGUGGCCAUUGACAUAGGGUAUCGCCACUUGGACUGUGCUUAUGCCUACCGGGAUGAGCACAAGGUGGGAGAAGCCAUCCAAGAGAAGAUCCAAGAGAAGGUUGUGAAGCAGGAGGACCUCUUCAUCGUUAGCAAGUUGUGGCCCACCUUCUUCGAGAAGCAUCUAGUGAGGGAAGCCUGUCAGAAGACCCUCAAGGAUCUGAAACUCGACUAUCUGGACCUCUAUCUUAUUCACUGGCCACAGGGAUUACAGCCUGGGAAGGACUUUUAUCCCAAAGACGAUAAAGGCAAUAUCAUCCUCAGUAAAGCAACAUUCUUGGAUACCUGGGAGGCCAUGGAGGACCUGGUGGAUGAGGGGCUGGUGAAGAACAUUGGGAUCUCCAACUUCAACCACUUCCAGAUCAAAAGGCUCUUGAACAAACCUGGACUGAAAUACAAACCAGUGAUUAACCAGAUUGAGUGUCACCCAUACCUCACACAGGAGAAGCUGAUCCAGUACUGCCAGGCCAAGGGCAUCGCUGUCACAGCUUACAGCCCUCUGGGCUCUCCAGAUAGAUAUGGGGCCAAGCCAGGGGACCCUUCCCUACUGGAGGAUCCCAAGAUGAAGGAGAUUGCUGCAAAGCACAAAAAAUCCACAGCCCAGGUUUAGGUCCGAUUCCACAUCCAGAGGAACGUGGCCAUGAUUCCCAAGUCUGCGAUGCCAGCACGCAUCGCUGAGAACUUUCAGGUCUUUGACUUUAAACUGAGCAAUGAGGAGAUGGCGACCAUACUCGGCUUCAACAGAAACUGGCGGCUGAUUAAUCUGGAGGGGUAUCCCUUCCAUGCAGAAUACUGA